UAAAGUUAUGGAGUCCGAACGAGAAAAUAAACGAAAACGAGGUAGUGGCAGAUGUAGAGAUGAAAAUAAAACAAGAAAAGAUUCAGGGAAAAGUUAUGUGACUUAUAAAGGAGUUCAAAAGCCUGCUAAAGUUCUACCGCAAAAUGAGGUAACAUGUAAAUGUUACUUUGAUUGUAAAACAUUACGUCCGGAGAGAAUGAGACAUCUAAAUGAAGAAUUUUAUAAGCAAAAUACAACCGUACAGGGUACAUACCUUAUGAUUCUUAUACAUCUUGCACCAGUAAGUAGACGUAGAAAUGGGUUAUACGAGGAUUCCAGUGAUAGCCGUCGUCAACAUACAGUGCAUUAUACUGUUUCGAAUGCAAAAGGAGAAAUGAUCAGGAUUUGUAAGACUACAUUUAUGAACAUAUUCUCAGUAACUAAAAAAAGGUUGGAAUGUUUAAUUAAAAAGAAAAAACUAGGACACACAACUUAUACUGAUAAACGAACUUCUAAUAAGCCUAAAAAGUUUAAUGAGCAGGAUACAGAAAUGAUUAAAACACACAUUCGUUCAGUACCAAGGCAGGAAAGUCAUUAUUGCAGAAAAAAAAGUUCUCUUGAAUAUUUAAGCCCAGAUCUUAAUAUUAGACGACUGUAUGAUGCAUUUCGGCUUCAACAUCCAGAAACUAAAAUAACUAUGGCUUAUUAUAGAUCUGUAUUUAAAAACAAAUUUCCAAACUUGAAAUUUCAUCUCCCCAGAACUGAUACUUGUCGCGUUUGUGAUCAUCUUAACUGUGACGUAAAAGCAGCAACAGUUUCAAGCAAUAAUGCAAAAGUUAAACUUGAACUGCAUCAUCGUAAAGUUAAAGCGGCUUCUCAGAAGAUGAGGCAGGACUUAGCUAAUUCGCAGUUACCUGGUAGUUCUUUUUCCUGUGUGGUAAUGGACUUACAACAAGUUCUGUUUGUGCCAAGUUUAACGCAUAGCGACAUGUUUUACCUCAGUCAGCUUAGCUGUUACAAUCUUGGAAUUUAUGUGAGUGACAUUAAUCGAUCAUUCAUGUGCACUUGGCAUGAAGGGGUUGCAGGAAGGGGUAGUAACGAAAUUGCAUCUUGCCUUUUAAGCCUGUUAAAUAAAGAAGACGCUGUUACUAAAAAUGAACUACGAAUUUGGACUGACAACUGUGCAGGACAAAAUAAAAACAAAAUUUUAAUAUUAUUGUAUAUCUUCCUGGUGACUCACAAAGUGUUUAAUGUGAUAGAGCAUAAAUUCUUAGUCAGUGGUCACAGUUUCAUGCAGUGUGACCGCGACUUUGGUCUGAUUGAAAAAAGGAAAAGACUCUCGCAACCCAUGGUCCCUAAAGAUCUACACGAUAUUAUUAAAACAGCGAAAUACAAUCCGCCGUUUCAAAUAAUAGAUAUGGAAGAGCACGUAUUUCUUGAUCUUAAAAAAACUGCUGACCAUUUGCUUGAUACUAAAAAUUUUCAAAUUA